AUGUCCUCUAUAAAACUGCUUGAUGGAAAGCCCAGCUUUGAUGACACUGACUCUGAAGAUAAGCUAGACUCAAAGAAGACCUUUAGUUCAUGUAGUUUGAGAAGUGCAGAGUCCUUCCAUUGGUUCAGGGAGUCUGAGAGUUUAACAGGUCUUCAAGCCUUGCUUCAUCUGUUCAAAGCAAAUAUCGGCACAGGUCUUCUGGGGCUGCCCCUGGCCAUCAAGAAUGCAGGCAUCAUAGAUGCAACGGUCCUUUGUGGACUAUGGAGACUCUGUGAUGUAUGGGAUGGAAGCCAGUCCCUUCUUCUGGCUUAAGAGUCAUUCUACCUGGGCAAGUUGCUUCAUCUCAUCAUCAGCCCCAUGACAGCCCCUGACACUGAGCACACUGUGCACAGAGCUUGUGCCAAAGUUGGCAGCUGCACCAGGCAUUUAUCUUUUAGAUUAUAUGGCAAGAUAACCAAGUUGCUCCUUGGACUUAUGCUUCAUAAUCAGAACAGAGCUAUUGAUCUGGGAUAUUCUUCAAAGCUCUCUUCCUGCAUUGUAGAACUUGCUGAUAACCUCCAUGGAACUUGUGAGCGUGAUGUACCCAUGAGCUUGGGGCAUCUCGUGAGGUCUUUGCUAAUCAUUACUCAGCUGGGUUUCUGCAGUGUGUAUUUUUUGUUUCUGGCUGACCACUUUAAGCAGAUGGCAGAAACCUCUUCCAUCAGCCACUCCUGCAAGCAAAAUGAGUCAGCAAUGAUGGAGACACUACCUUCUCUUAAUUUGCACCUCUACAUGCUUACCUUUCUACCCUUUGUGAUCCUUCUGGUCUUUUUCCAUAACCUCCUAAUGCUGGCCAUCUUCUCCACUGUGGGCAACAUUGCCAUCCUGGCAGCCGUGACCUUGAUCUUCAGCUACCUUAUCCAGGACCUACCAAAUCCUAAGAACCUGCCUUGGUCAGCAAAUUGGCAGUCAUACACCCUGUUCUUUGGGUCAGCCAUAUUUUCGCUUGAAGGCAUUGGCGUGAUUCUCCCUAUUGAAAACCAAAUGAAGUUUCCUGGUCAUUAUACUGUGGUCCUGUACUUGGGGAUGCCCAUCAUCAUCGUUCUUUAUGUCACCCUGGGGACCUUGGGCUACUUGAAAUUUGGAGAAAACGUUCAGGCCAACAUUAUCCUCAACCUGCCCAAUUGUUGGUUAUAUCAGUCUGUCAAGCUACUCUACUCCAUUGGAAUUUUUUUCACCUAUGCCCUGCAGUUCUAUGUCCCUACAAAGAUCAUCAUCCCUAUUGUCAUCUCCUGGGUACCAGAACAAUGGGAAUUAUUGGUUGACUUGUCUGUUCGUGCCCUCAUGGUCUGUAUUACAUAUAUAGUUGCUAUGCUGAUCCCCCAUAUGGAGUUGGUCAUUGCACUGUUGGGUUCUGCAAGUUGUACUGCCCUGGCUCUGAUCAUCCCACCACUCCUGGAGAUCUGUACCUAUUACUUGGAUGGCAUAAGCUCUUUCACCAUUAUUAAGGAUUUAUUUAUUAGUACUGUGGGAAUUCUUGGGUGUAUAAUGGGAACCUACCAAUCCUUCUAUGAACUAAUUCACCUAAGCUUUUUCAGUUCUCCACAAAAUUCCACCAGAGCCUUUGAGUAA